GCUAGCUUCCCCCCUCCCUCCCUGGCGGAGCGCAGCAGCAGUCAGUCCGCUACAUAGAGCCGAUCCGCCGCCGCGGGUCUCCGAUGAGCACCGCUGAUCAUCCGAGGAGGACCAUGGAAUGAACAUGGCCCACAAUCGAAGCUUUUUCCUCGAUGCCCUGGACCGGUCCGAGGCCCGGCGGGACGGAGGCUACAAGCACAACAACUGGAGCUUUGCUCUCUCUGGGGACAGUGAAGAGGACAGGAGUCAUGAUGUGAGCGUGGUGAGCGUGGAGGAGACGGACCGGCAGCAGCCCGCCCCCCCCGAGGAGAAAAAGUCUCCUGCUCUGAGACACUUUACCUCCUCGGAUCCUUUGAGAACGUACGAGAACCGCUCCAUUAAUCACAUGAGGCCUCUGAACAAGCUGGCGCCCAAAAGACUCAGCGAGGUGCCUCUCUCCGUAGGAACGCCCCCCCCCAUCCCCAACAGAACCAACUACUUCAUCAUCAGUCCGGCGCCGUCGCAGGGCAUCGUCCUGCAGGGCCGACACUUCCAGCACGCCCAGAUGCCGUCCGCCGCUCGGAAGCCGGUCCAAAGCCUUGAUCUGAAGGAAAGAAAAGACUUCUCCAUCCUGCAGCAAGCGGAGGAGGUGGACAGGAUCGUCCUCACCUGUCCAGAGAUCUCAGAGGACGAGCCGCUGAGCGUGAAGCGCCGCAUCCUGCAGAAGAGGAAGCCUCUGGAGGACUGCUGCACCUUCCCUCUGCAGGUCAAAGCGGCCGAGCCUCCGCGGCCCCCCCUCUACACCACACUGUGCCUCAAGUGCAGCCAGCCCAGCGAGGAGGGGGCCGCGUGUCGGAGCUGCGGGGGGGACUCGGCGCUGCCGACCUUCCAGCAGGGGAACCUGUCCUCCCCGACCCCCCGGGCCCCCAUCCGCUCCCAGCCCCCCCCCGGACCGGACGGCCCACAGCAGAAGUUCUACAAGCCGGCUGUGACCAUGCGGGGCCCCCGGGGGGAAACCCUGCCCCUCAGGGUGUCCCCCCUCAGGGUGUCCCCCCUGGGGACGGCGGGGGGCAGGUCCCCCCUGCUGGCCGGGACGUCCGGCUGCUACGGGGCCCGCAACCCGGCCAAAGGGAAGAGACAGCGGCCCCAACUCGACGACCCCAUCGUCUUGUCCAGCGAUGACGAGGCCGAUAACGCCAGCACAGGAAGCGUGAACCGACUGGACAGCGCCUCCCCUCGACCCGCCGACUCCGCCCACUCCUCCCCGGCGCCCUCCGGGGGCCGCGUGGAGGCGGCGGUGAAGAGCGCCGGCGAGCAGGAGGAGCCUUACGGCGAGUUCUUCGACGACGUCAACAUGAAGAUCACGAUACCGCGGCGAGCCCGGAUGAAGGACCAGUUCGGGAAUCAACCCCCCGAGCCGUUCUCUCCGAGGCCCAAGAAACCCGAGUUCACGUCCAAGUGCGACAGCAUCAUCCUGGAGUGUCGCAGCGUCCGGGUGGGGACUCUCCGCCGCAUGGUGACCAAGCCCGUCGUGUUUUCCAUCAACCAGAUCCAGCUGGAAACUAAAGGCUCGGAGCCCAACACGGUGGAGAACAUCUGCCUUCGGGCCUCGGAGCUGAUCAGCUGCGAGUGGUGCAGCGUGCGGAAGCUUCCCGUCUUGUUCUUCCAGACGACGGAGGCGGAGUGCGUCCGCCUGCGAGGACAGCUGGACAUGUCGGAGGACAGGGCGGGCCACUGGUACGACUGCACCGGGGACCGGUCGGACGAGAAGUUCAUCGUGCUCAUCUUCGAGAACGGGCUGGUGAUGAAGGAGCAGGCCAUCCUGGAGGACAUCCUGGGGGACAUCGGCCGGACCAACGGCCUCAGCGGCUUCCCGGCCAAGCUGCCCUUCGAGGAGGCCAACAUCCGCCUGGUGAACUUCAACAAGGCGCUGGAGCAGAAGGAGGACAAGGAGAAGCCCCCUCAAAGCCCCCACAAGGCGCCACAGGGCUGCCCGGUUACCAAGGCAACGCAGGCCGCCGUGCCCACGCGCACGAGGAUGUCCACCCGCCAGCACGCCGGCAGCUUCCUGGAAGACAACGAGGACGACGAGGACAUGACCGACCUCCAGCCGACCUUCUCUGGGCCGAUCGUCAAGCUGAUGGUGUAUCCUCCUCCUCCGGCCAAAGGCGGCAUGUCGGUGACCAAUGAAGAUCUGCACUGCCUCAACGAGGGGGAGUUCCUCAACGACGUCAUCAUAGACUUUUAUCUGAAGUAUUUAGUUCUAGAGAAGUUGAAAAAAGAGGACGCUCAGAGGAUCCACGUGUUCAGCUCCUUCUUCUACAAGAGGCUGAACCAGAGGGAGCGGAGGAACGCCCCCGACACCACCAACCUGCCAAUCCAGAAGAGGAAGCACAACCGCGUGAAGACGUGGACCCGCCAUGUGGACCUCUUCCAGAAGGACUUCAUCUUUGUUCCCAUCAACGAGUCAGCUCACUGGUACCUCGCCGUCAUCUGCUUCCCGGGUCUCAAGGGUCCGGCCUACGAGCAGAACCCGCUCUACCACGGCGCCGCCCCGCCCUGCGACCCCCCCUCAGAGGAGAACCUCCCCGAGCACUGUCGUCCUCUGUCCCCGGACAGCGCCUCAGAGGACCCCGACCCCCCCGCCAAGGAGGCCGCGGACUCCUCAGACGGCGCCAUCGGGCCGGCGGAACCGGAGCAGCAACACAUGAGUGAGCUGCAGAGAAUCAGCGUUUCCUACGGUUCAACCAAAGGAGACGACGACGCCUUCUCCGACGACCAGAGCUCCUGUCAGGACGAGGUCAGUGAGGACGGGAUGCUGGCGGAAGACGCGGUGGUCCCAGACGCCCCCGCUUCAGCCGCCAAGCCGAGCCCCUGCAGACAGCCGUGUGUCCUCAUCAUGGACUCCCUGCGCGGGCCGGCCCGGUCCACCGUGGUGAAGACUCUCAGAGAGUACCUGGAGGUGGAGUGGGAGGUGCGUAAAGGGCACCAGCGGAGCUUUGGGAAGGAGGUGAUGAAGGGCUCGAGCCCCCGCGUUCCUCAGCAGGACAACUUCAGCGACUGUGGGGUGUACGUGCUGCAGUACGUGGAGAGCUUCUUCCAGAAUCCCAUUCCCAGCUUUCAUCUGCCGGUGAACUUGUCCGACUGGUUUCCGCAGCAACGGAUGAAGACGAAGCGCGAGGAGAUCCGGGAGCUCAUCUUGAAGAUCAAGGAGCAACAGGAAGUGGACAAGAAGGAGGAGGAGCUUGUCCAGGCUCCGCCCAGCUCUCCCGGGGAGCCGGAGAUAGAAGAGACGGUGUGGCCGCCACGCUUACCCAUCAGCCCCUGAGAGCAGCCCCCCCCCCACAGGACACAGACUUUGUACGGAACAAAACGUGACCCGUAAAUAGCGCCGGAGUCUUUCCCGCUGCCUUUAACUUCCUGUUUAAGUUAUUUUUCUUCCCUCCGGGGGCAGAGACGUUGCCCUGUGGCAUCGCUUGAGUUUUUUAUGCCGUCUCGUUGUGUAGAAAACUAAAACGUAACAAACGAAGCUGCUGAUGUUUGUCCUCCAUGCGUCCGUCUGGAGGAAGGAGGAGGAGGCGUGAGGUCAGAGGUCAUUGUGUCGAUCUCUUUUCAGCAUUAAAGUCGACAUGUGAGAGCA